ACGUGGAUGUACAAAGGAGAAAGUUGUGCGUAAACAGCAGCGUAAGUGGCAGAUUUAAAGCUGCGGGAAUCGAAUCGCUUGUACCGAAAUUCCCCGAUUUAACCGCAAAAACCGCCUUAGUGGGAGAUAUUACUGAGGAUGUCAGUCUGGGAACCACAGCCUGGGGACCGGGUGUUCGCCAAAGUUCGCGGUUAUCCAGCUUGGCCGGGCAGGAUUGAGGAAGACCAUCCCUUGAUCCAGAAGUCGGCAAAGAAGCAUGUCGUCUUCUUCUAUGGCACGCAUGAAGUAGGCACAGUGUCCAUCAAAGACCUGUAUCCAUACGAAGAGUUCAAAGACAAAUUUGGCCGUCCUAGCAACCGUAGAGGUUUUGCGGAGGGUCUGCGUGAGAUUGAGAACAACCCUGCAGUUCAGCAUGUUGAGGUUAAUGAUGAUGAUGAUGACAGAAGUGAGGAGGAAGAAGUAUCUGAGCAGGAGAAUGAAGAUUCUGAGAGCGAUGAUGAAGAGAGGAAAGAGAGAGAGGAGGAGAAGAGUGAGAAGUCCAGAUCCCCUGACAGCAGUCCCAAACGUCCAGCCGAGCCCCAGUCCUGGAGCUGGGACACAGAGAGCGACUCGGAUGGUGAUGAUGAUGAUGAUGAGCUUCCAACACUCCACCCUGGGGCUCACAGUGAGAUUGAGGAGAGGAGGCGGAAGAAUGUGGCUGAAAAUCAGGCCAUGCUGAAGCAGGCAUUGGCAGAGCUAAGGUCUAAUCCAGAGUUUAACAUCCCACAUAAGAAGGCGAGAAAGUCACCAUCCAGAAGGAGAACAAUGGGUGACGACAACUUCGUCCCCAGGAGAAACCCGAAGCGCCUAAGCUACUGCAGUACCAGGACAAGUCCCCCCAUGACCCGGGCUCGAGGCAAUGACAACAACAACACCCCUAAACUACGUUUUAAGUUUGGCUUCAUGUUCGGUGCGGGAAAAAGGCAAGGAAGUGAUGGGGAGGAUGAGGAUGAAAUUCCUCUUGAGGAAACGGAGCUGCCGUCACCCAAACGUCGGCGAAGCGGAGGUUACAAGGCACAGCCACACCGUGUUGUACCGGUUGAAGAGAUCACAGAAGAAGACUUACAGCUGGUUGCAGACAGGGUGGCUGAUAAAGUAUACAAUUCUGUGCAUGGGACAAGCUGCCAUCAGUGUCGACAGAAGACUGCAGACACUAAGACAACUUGUCGCUCCGAGAGCUGUGUUGGCAUCAGAGGACAGUUCUGUGGACCUUGUCUGCGCAAUCGGUACGGAGAGGAAGUCAAAGAAGCACUCAUGGAUCCAGAUUGGACCUGUCCACCUUGCAGAGGGAUCUGUAACUGCAGCUUCUGCCGUGCGAAGAAAGGCAGAGGUGCCACAGGGAUCCUCAUUCAUGCCGCCAAGCACCAUGGUCAUGGCAACGUGCACGCUUUCCUCAAAAGUCUAAAAGCCUGAUGUGCAGCACUUCACCCAAAGUGGACAACCAGUGGAUGUUGAUGUCUCUGUGCCAUUCUGUGUGAUCAUCUUCACCCAGAGCCAUCUAGUGCACCAGAAUAACCUUAGUACAACUUGAAGUAGUUGCUGCUCAUUAAUCAACUCUAACUCACAGCUAUAUUAUUAAGUAAGGUUGCCAUUGGGAACCAAAUUUAUUUUGUUACAGUAGAUAGAGGGUUAAGAUAUAAUCCCUUCUGAUGCACAUGUUCUGUUCCUGAUUAAGGGGUUCUUAUCUAUGAAAACAAAGUGCAGAUACCUACCGUAUGUCAGGCGUAAGUCCCUCAAAUAUGCAAAAGCUAUAGACCACUAUAGAUCAAGACAGUUGCAAUCAAUAUCUUGGUUCUUACUUCUUAGAGACUAAUGCCUGUUUCAGUUGACAGUGAAAAAAUGCAAUAAUGGUCUUGGUGCAUUGUAUAGCACUAAAUAGGACGCUCCAUGCAAAGAUAAGGUUGUAACAGAAUGAUAAAGAAUGAAUUCCGAUGUAGAGAUGUUAUUUUAACAGUUAGAUGUAGAUUAAAAGACCAUUGUGUAGUUGUUAUCUAGUAUUAAAUGUGAUAUUGUAAAUGGCACCAAGAAUCUAAUUCACUGCCAUUUGUGGAACUAAAUGUUAUCCUGUUAUGCAAAUCUUGAUCAUUUCUUGGCAAUUUUUAAAAAUUGGAUGUAAAUGGUGGUAGAAUAUCGAAACAGUGACCAUACAUGUAAGUCUGUCUUCUUAGUUUUAGAAUUUGCUAUUUCUUUUAUCAGCAUGUUUAUAAUGAGAUUGUUCUUUUUAGGCACUAUCCAGUCAGUUACAUAUAGUGUUCACCCCCAACAUUUAUCAAAGCCAUGUUUUGUGUCAUAUUAAACCAUUCUUCAAGAAAA